GGUAGAUCAGGAUUUCGCAUGAAUUGUUUUUUUUAUUAUUCAGUUAUUCAGUUCAAGUUAGGUGAUACGGUGAAAUACAGCGACAAUGUGUGUUGAGGGCUGUGAAUGGCAGCAUCCUCAUAGCUGCCAUUAUCACUCUAAGCACCCCAAAACAAAUCCCAAAAAACCUUCUUCAAAAAAUAAUAGCACAAAAGUCCCAACAUCCGUUAAGACUACCCAAAAUUGGACUAACUGUGACCAUAAUUCGAACAGUUCACAGAAUUGUUGCAAACACUCUAGAUCCGAAUCUGGUAGUUCUGGUGUUGAUGUAAAGGACUUUGAUAAUAUAGGAUUUGAAAAAAGGGCUGAUGUCAAUCUUACCAGUUCGGCAAAUGAGAAUGAUGGAGCAAGAAAGGCCGCGAAGGACUCUUUCAAAGUGACGGAUGGGUUAAAAAAAGCGGUUGAAGCUAAAAUUAACUAUCUAAGAACUGAAAAUGAUGGAAUAAGAACUGGAUUGGAGCAUCAGUGUGAAAAUGGGCUAGAAAAAGGGAUCGAUGUAAACAUUAACUAUUUGAGGAGUGAAAGUGAUAGAAAAAUAAUUAAAGAAGGUGAAGGUUGUACUGAUUGCUUAGCAGACGAAUUUGAGUUGGUGUCGACGAGAAGCAGCGAUAAUGACCAGGUACAGAGAGGUAUAUCAGGCGACAUUGCAGGUACAAAUAUAAUGAAUACAGAAACUCUUUAUAUUCUACAGAAUGUGGCCGAAGAAGAUAGAAUCUAUGAGUGCGAUGAUGAAACUUUGUGCCAAAAAGAUGUGAGGCUUCAUAAUGAAAAUUGCAAUGUCAAAUAUAAUAUUAGGAAAUCUGAAUCGGUGAUUCGAGAGAUAUGAUAAAAAUGACAUUAAUUCAUUUUUAUAUUUUGUAGUAACAGAAAUAAUAAAU